AUGAUGAAAUCUUCGGUCUUUCUGUCAUUCAUCCUACUCACGAGCACCACACUCGCCCAAAAUGGCACGAACCUAUUUUGGCCAAAGCUCCACUUCGGCCUUCUCGAAUGCGACAACGGUCUUGAGGGAUAUGGCUGGCCCGAUCCGAACCACGAAGGUCGAGUAUCAUGGAACCUAGUAGGAAUGUUCCCCAACGGCAAUCCUCGUCCAACAGACCUGAACCGCACCUACAUCUACACUCUACCGCAGGGCGGAUAUCCAUACCACAAAUAUGAGGGCUGGAACUCGAGUGCAUUCUUCUGGGCUGAUCCGGACCAGUUGAAGGAUUACCCACGGGGCUGGUUGGACAUUACGAUCCCUGCUUCGGCAAAGGGCAUGAAGACAGAGAUCCAGGCUGGCACAAUUGGAUUUGAGGGAGUGGAGUUCAAUUGUCGGAGAGAAAACACCCAAUUGUUCAUGGGAGGCGGUGUGGAAUGUCGGGCUUCAAAUCGCGAAUUUUGCGCUGGGUAUACUUAUUGUCAACUGAGGUACCUUUGCAGGAGGGAGAAGUGGCCGGCGGACAAGGGCUGUGUUGGCUCGCAAGCGAACUUUUGUUAUCCGAGCUGGGAUUUCCCAGGCUCGUCAUGA